AUGACUACAGUGAAAAUGAGGAAUUGGGGUUGUGAUUGGGUACCAAGAAGGAAUGCUUAUGGCUUGCUAGUAAAAUUGGCUUUUCGAGUGGGUUUGGCAUUUGCGAAGGAAAAAGUUUCGAGCCACUCGUUUUCACAUUCUAAUCCAGAUCACAAAUUAGGGCUUUGUGGCGAAGAACAAGAGAACAAUAACACCAUCGAAAUGGCAACUCUAGGAGGCUUGCGCGAUUCCAGUACCCAGAACAGCCUUGAGAUCGAUACCCUUGCGCGAUUUGCCGUUGAUGAGCAUAACAAAAAAGAGAAUGCAUUGCUCGAGUUGGCGAGGGUCGUAAAGGCACAAGAACAAGUUGUUGCUGGUACUUUGCAUCAUCUUACACUUGAGGUCAUUGAAUCUGGAAAGAAGAAACUUUAUGAAGCGAAGGUUUGGGUAAAGCCAUGGAUGAACUUUAAGGAGCUACAAGAAUUCAAGCAUGUCGGAGAUGUUCCUUCCUUUACCUCCUCUGAUCUGGGUGUUAAAAAAGAUGAGCAAGGCUCAGGAUGGAGAUCAGUGCCAGUGCAUGAUCCUGUUGUUCAGGAUGCUGCACAUCAUGCUGUUAAGACAAUCCAGGAGAGAUCUAACUCUUUAUUUCCUUAUGAACUUACAGAGAUAGUUCAUGCAAAGGCUGAGGUUAUUGAGGAGUCUGCCAAGUUCGAUAUGCUUCUGAAGGUCAACCGAGGAGGAAAAGAAGAGAAAUUCAAGGUCGAGGUGCACAAGAAUAAGGAAGGUGGUUUCCACUUGAAUCAGAUGGAGUCAGAUAAAAACUAA